AUGAAGUCUUUGCUGUCUCCUGCCUCUCCACAGGCCCGGCUCUCAUAUCUCGGUAUAUCAGCUUUCAUCCAGACUCGCCAUCUGAGCAUAUGUCGAAGACAGUCGUCCAAUGGCGAAUACCGUCGCUCGGACUUUUCGAAUCAAGGCUAUACUGGCAUAUACGAGCCAGGCGGUCCAACUGAGGGACCCCUCCGCACUGCACAAACCCCACCCCAAAUUACGCCCACCGCCCUCAAAGCCCACCUCGACUCCUUCGUCGUCGGCCAGCCCCGCGCCAAACGCAUCCUCUCCACCGCCGUCUACAACCACUACCAGCGCAUCCAAGAGCUCCAGCGCCGCGAGGAUGAAGAAGAAGAGCGCUUUGCUCAGGAGGAACGACGGAGGAUGGCGCAUCUCCAGCAGACGAGACACCCAGUCGAAGGUAGGGAGCACGAGUUGAGGGCCGGGAUCAGAGUGCCUGCGCUGACCAGGGACAUGCCGGCGGAUGAAGAUGAGUUUCCGGGCCAGCCUAUGACUGUUAGUACGGAGCCGUUGAAUGAGGCGGGAGGGAUGGCGUGGGGACAGGGUCAGAGUGGGAGGGGUGGUGCGCAGCAGACGCCGUUGUAUGAUCCGACGCCGAUGGCGAUUGAGAAGAGUAAUAUUCUGCUGUUAGGACCAUCUGGAGUUGGCAAGACACUUAUGGCGAAGACGCUGGCGAGAGUGUUAGAGGUGCCAUUCAGCAUGUCGGACUGCACGCCGUUCACACAGGCCGGAUACAUCGGCGAAGACGCAGAAGUAUGUGUCCAGCGACUCCUCGCAGCCGCCAACUACGACGUGGCCAAAGCAGAGCGCGGCAUCAUCUGUCUCGACGAGAUCGACAAGAUCGCCACCGCUCGGGUCUCGCACGGCAAAGAUGUCAGUGGCGAAGGCGUACAGCAAGCCCUCCUCAAGAUCAUCGAAGGCACCACCCUCCAAAUCCAAGCCAAGUCCGAACGAGGCAGCUCCUCGCCCUCAGCAUCCCGAGGAGGCGCACAGCAAGGCUAUCCCGGCUCACCGACCAACUCCCCUCUAUCUUCCGGCGGCAGCCAACAAAACGCCUCCGGCCCGCAAAAAGGCGAAACCUACAACGUCAAGACCGACAACAUCCUCUUCAUCUGCGCUGGCGCCUUCAAUGGCCUGCACAAAAUGGUCCUCGACCGCAUCAGCAAAGGCAGCAUCGGCUUCAACGCGCCUGUGCGAGCGUCGCACACCUCCGCCACCGACAGCACGCUCCACGAAACCACCCUCGAAGGCGACGGGGAUGAGGAGUUGUUUCAUAAACACGUCCCGUUCUACAUUCCGCCUUCAUCCUCCCCUUCCGACCCACAGGACGGGAAGGUACAGAAGAAAACGUACAAUACCCUCGACCUCCUCCAACCCCCCGACCUGCACCGCUACGGCCUCAUCCCCGAACUCUUGGGACGUUUACCCGUCACCUGCGCCCUCGCCCCACUAUCCAUCCCGCAACUCGUCCAAGUCCUCACCGAACCGCGCAACGCGCUAGUACACCAGUACACGCACCUCUUCUCCCUCUCCGGCAUCGAGCUGCGCUUCACCACCCCGGCCCUCCACGCCAUCGCAGAAGCAGCUGCGAAAAUGGGCACGGGUGCACGCGGGCUGAGGACGGUGAUGGAGGGCGUGUUGGGGGAGGCGAUGUUUGAGGGGCCCGGGAGUGGGGUGCGGGGGGUUGUUGUUACGGAGGAAGCGGCGAAGGGCAAGGGGGCAGUGGGGUAUUUUUUCAAAGGACAGGCGGGGAGGAUGGCGGAUGUGGUGGAUAGGGAGGAGAGGGCGUGGAAGGAGAGGAAGAGGUUGGAAGAGGGUGGGAAGGUGGUGAAGGAGGAGGGGGUGGGGACUUUUGAGGAGUAUCGGGAACGGGUGGGUGCGGCGGGGUUUUAG